AUUGAAAUCCGGGGCGAUAUACUGGGCAAUCGAUCGAGUAAUCACGAAUACGAAUGUGAACACCGGGCUCAGUCAGGCCGGGUCCGCCGUCGCUAUGCAACUUCCGCGCGCAGAAGCGCAAUGGGAGAGGAAAGCGCUUACUGCGAUGCCACGUAACCCGCGAUCACUGCCGGCGAGCAAGCGACCGUCGAUGGAAAGCGUCUCAUGUCUUCGUGCACCUUGGUUGACAGUCACUCCAACGCCAAUGCGUUCGUACGUGCUCAAGGACACCUCGGUUCAGCAGGCCAUUCGCCCCUGUCUACGUUUUUCUGUGGGCAUCAGCCAUUCACGGCUGGUGGUGCAGUCGACCUGCGCCCGCCUUCUGCUUGCGAUGCUCCCUGUGCAUGCAAGUGGCGACCACCACGGCGGUGCAGAGCACGUCCAUGAUGCGGUAGAGGUACCCGCUGAAGUCGCAAGUGAAAAGGUACAAAUACUUGCCCCGACCACCCUCCCUUCUGCUAGUUGUCCGUCAUCAGCACCAAGUCGUGCACAACGCUCUCUAGACUCAAUAGAUCGAUAGCUCUCGGUCUCUACUCGCCCAACAUGAACCUCAAGGCGCUGACCAGACCACUACCGCCAGCGGCGCUGAUGGCAAGAAGAUCUGUGAGCGAUACGGCAAGACUACUUGGGGCGACUACACUCUCAACAACAAU